CAAAAACCGAAAGUCAAUGAGGCCAAUCACCUCCCUUGGUCGUGUUAGUACCCCUAUAGAAUGACGAGUACGUAUAAAGAUUCAGCCACUGCAAGCCUAAAGGAUGAGGAAGAGUUCACGGAUAUAUUGGAGGAGAGGAGGCGCACCACUGAUCUUGGUUAUGCCCUGAGAACCUUUAACCCGCAACCGUACAAAGGAGCCCCAACCCUUUCCACCUCUGACCUCAACAAAGCUGUACUGGAGUCCCAGUAUCUGUGCUAUAUUAUCAAAGAGAUUGCCAUGGAGACGGGGUCAUCUGUGGAGAAGGUGAAAGAAGAUGCUUCUAGGAUUUUGAAGGAAAUGUCUCACAAUCUGCAGCUGGGGUUUAUCAGGCUAAUGGGCUACACUCUAAACAAGGUGUUCAAGAGACUCUACAGGAGCAUCUAUGUCAACAUGGAAGGACUCAACAUGCUGCAGCAGGCCAUCCAGGAGAGUCCUGUGAUCUUGAUACCCAAUCACAGGAGUUAUGUGGACUUCUUGAUUAUAUCCUACAUCCUGUUCACCUAUGACAUCCCAGUACCUGUCAUUGCUGCAGGAAUUCGUCUUGCAGAUGUGGCGAUUAUUGGAGGGCUUCUGCGUCGCUCUGGAGCUUUUUAUAUCCGACGAGCAAUCGGCUCUGACAAGCUGUACUGGGCGGUGCUUUUAGAAUAUGUACAAACAAUUGUCAGGACAGGAUAUGCUCCUUUGGAGUUUUAUGUAGAAGGUUUCAGGAGUCGCACACUGAAGUCUCUAGUGCCAAAGCUUGGUAUGAUGGACAUGGUGCUGGAGCCAUACUUUAAAGGUGAGGUGUUUGAUAUUACCCUGGUGCCCAUCAGUAUCAGCUAUGACAGAGUGCUGGAGGAGUCAUUGCUUGCACUUGAGUUGUUGGGUGUCCCCAGACCAAAAGAAAGCAUCACCGGACUCUUUAAAGCUAGCGGAGUCCUGCAGGAAGAUUAUGGCUGCAUGCAUGUGAACUUUGGCCGCCCCCUGUCUGCCCGACAGCUGUGUGAAGGAAAGAUAAAUUGGAGCGAGUACAACCUCAUACCAAGAAAUCUUCCCCAGAGGCCAACUGCAGAGACCCAGGACUGUGUGAACUGGCUGGCCCAUUUGAUUGUACGAACCCAGGAGGAGGGCUCUUUGAUCAGCCCUUGGUCUCUGAUGGCCUGCCUGUUGCUCCAGACUCCAUUCACAACUUUAACGGAAGAGGGUCUGCAGUGGCAUCAGCUCACAGAAAAAACCCUCUGGCUCAGGAAGCUGGUGCUGGAUUUCGGGGCCCGUCUGAACUGGCCUGCACACAUCCCAGACUCAGAAGUGAUGUCAUCCACCGUGGCUCUUCAUCACUCCAUUGUCCAUCAUAAAGAGGACCGUAUCUACCUGGUUCAGGAUGAAGACCCUGCGAGGCAAGAUCCACUGAGCCCAGAGGAAGGUGUGAUGAGGAUGGCGGUAGUGGUGCUGAUGCUGGUUUCCUACAGGAAUCAGGCAUUGCAUGUCUUUGUGCGUCCAGGAAUACUUGCUACAGCCAUCCACAUCACAAAAAACACACGGAAGGAUGAGCUCUUCAGCUUUUUCUGCUUCCUGCAGGACGUCUUCUCCAAUGAAUUUAUCUUUAUCCCUGGCAGGGCAGUGCAGGACUUUGAGGAGGCAUGUUCACUCCUGCAGAAAUGUGGAGCAGUCCACAUCAGUCAGCAGGAAGUGAUCGUGUUGGAAACGGGGCUGGAAGUUUUAUCCUUUCUGCAGAAGCUGCUGCAACCCUUCUUAGACUCAUAUCAGCUGAUGUUCAGGUACUUGUGUGAAAAGGAAGAUCACGUGUUUACUGAGGAACAGUUCCUACCUGAUGUCCGAAACCUGGCUACAAAACUCAUCCUCUCAGGUGACCUUUGCACCUUUGAAGUCCUGUCUUCUGACACACAGAAAAAUGUUCUUUCUGCACUGCGGAGACUGGAGGCGGUGACGAAGUUGAGGGUGUCCCAGCAGAAGGAAUACAAAGUGAACAAAGCAGCUGUCAGCAGAACUGGUGACAUACUCUCUGGGAAAGUCCCUCUUGAGAGCCUCCACACUACACCUGACGCAAGGCUUCAGUGUCAAGUGGAAUAAAUUCAUCCUCAGUAUCAGCUCACAGCCCCCUCCCCAAUGAACUUACCCGUCUAUUCGCUACUUCUACCUCAUUGUCAUCCCUGUGGUCUCUUUAUCUUUACACAGUCAAAUCGGUACAAAUACAGUCUGUGCUCACAGGCAAAAUACUUGAUCCUUGAUGCCGGCCAGACUUAAUCUACUGAAUGGUGGCUAACACUCUGUCCUUUAUAGACCUGAGAGGACUGAGAUGAAGCUAAACGCCCUGCAGGAUAAAUACUGGCAAAGAUGAAGACAAAGUGGCUAGAGGACAGCAGCCCUGAAUCCCUCCAACACCCUCCCGAAAAAACAUAUUGGACCACAUGUGGUGCUCUGCUGGCGAGAAGCUCCAGCCCUCAGCCCUCCACCUCUGGCUUCCAGCAUAGACGACCCAAGUAUGCCAAUCAAGAGGUAAACACUGCCCAGCCAGUGAGGAGGUCAAGCCCCCAGCCCUCCACCUCUGGUUUACACUUGAACCGUGACUGGAGAGCAAGGAGAUCCAGCCCUCAGCCCUCCACCUCUGCCUUCAAGCAUGGGAGAGAGGAGGCUGACCAGGAAGAGCAGGAACGCCAAAGAUUCCGGAGCGGGUACUACAGAGUCCAGACUGACAUCGAUGGGUCCCGCCCCACCGUGCGCUUCCCUUAUUGUUUUCUACCAAAAAUUGUUAAUGUUAAUAUUGUAUGUACUGGGUAUGGUGUCGGGGUGGUGGAACAGGUCUUCAUUUACACCACAGAUGGAGUAUUUCUCACUCACUCAAGGGCAGUCUCCAUUAGAGAGUCUUUAAGUGGCAAAUCCAUCAGCCACACAUUUCUUUUCACAUUUCUUUUUCUUCCUACCUACAUAGUUACUGCUAAGUUUAAGAUAUAGAGUAGUAAUGAUAAGUUAUUCGAAAUGUACUAAUAGUACGCUCAGAAUAUCUCACCAUCUCUUUUUGUUAACUUUAAAAAAAGCUUUUAGUAUUUAAGAUACAGUAGUGAUAAGUUUAGAUUUAGAUGUUCUGUCAAUUCUGUUAUAAUCCUUCAUUUACAAUAAAAUUUUGACUUUUCAUGUUAUGACAUAAAACAAACAAAAUAAAAACCAACUAAUCUAAUGGACCAGUUUUAGAUUUUUAUUGAUUUGAUGGGAUGUUUCCAAAGGGUCGCGCCUAUCUGUCUUUUAAUGUUUUGUUUUAUGUUUUCAUUUAUUUUAUGUUUUUUAAGGUUAAUAAAAAAUUGCUAAAAGA